CUGAAGUCGCAGGGUGUCAGUAUGUUCCUGUGUGUGUAUUGGGAUCUGAGAGUUUGAGGGUGUAUAAAUGUACACAUACAAGAGUUGUACAGAGUGGUACCCCGGGGGUGCCUGUGUCUAUUUCACUGAAGCAGAGUUACCUAAAGGAGUGUUGACAGCAAGCUGCGAGGCCGAGCUUCAGGAGUUGAUGAAACAGAUCGACAUCAUGAUGGCCACUAAAAAGAAAGAUUGGGAACACCAAAUUACGAGCCUUCAGAGUAAAAUGGAGCUCAAGGACAAGGAAAGUCUGCUACAGAAGUCCACCAUUGAGCAAAAGCAUAAAGAGAUUGGUCAUUUGCGACUUCAGGUUGAGACAAUGGAGAAAUCUCACAGAGAACUGGUCACUUGUUACGAACAGCAACUGACCAAUCUCAAAAAUGAGGUUCAGAAAGUAAAGAGAGAUUACGAGAGACUGAGUAAGAAACACGUGAAACAGAUAAAGGACCAUCAGCGAGAUAAAGACAAAAGUCACACUGAUUUACAGGAUAGUAAUAGCGAGAUAGGACGACUCAACAACAAGAUACUGGAAUAUAGACAGAAAGCCAAGGAUUGGGAGUUACAAAGAAGGACAUUUCAGAAGCAGAUUGAGGCACUGGAGUCCCAGAGGAAAGCCCUGACAGAGAAAUGUGAAUUCAUUCAGAGCCAGUCGCAAACGUACCAAUCUCAACUCGAUCGCAGAAAACAGAUGCUCGACUCCACUGAGUUGAGUCUCAAAAAUCAGAUAACUCAGUUAGAGGGACAGUUAGAGCGGACUAAUGAUACACUAACAUCACAGGAGACUAAGGUGGAAAAGUUAAAAUCCUCGCUGGAUGACGCCAUGACGGCACACAAAAAAGCAAUGGAUGACAACGAAAAGCUUCUCAAUGACCUGAAGAAGGCCAACGACUCAAUCAGAAACUAUGAAGAGGAGAAAGCUGAGCUGGAGAGUGAAUUGAGGGCAAAAGAGGACCUGCUGAGGGCAUUAGAUGAGGACAAAGGGAUCCACAGUGAAAGUAUGACAAAGAUGGAGCAAACGCUGGCAGAAAAAGACGAGAUCAUAAAGUCUUUGAGUGAUAUAAGACAGAAGGAGGAGAGCGAUCAGAUUCGAUUGAUGAGGGAAUCAUUGGAGGACGCUAAAGAGGAGGCCAGGAUGUGCAGAAAACAUGAGAAGGAAAUGAAGGAGGAGUUGUCCAGUUUACAGUCACAUCUCCAGCGAGCCGUGGAGGACUGCGAGAGGCUGACCGAUCAACUGGAACAAAAGAAAACUGAGUUGACAAAGUUAGAGAAUGGUGAAGUGAAAAGACUGAGAGCAGAAGUCAGUAAAUUAAGAGAGCUACAGCUCACCCAGAAAGAUGCGUAUGAACCAGAAGUUCAAGGUCUGAAGACAGAGAUUUCACGCUUAACCAAAGACCUGCAUGAUCGCACCAAAACAAUGGCAGAUUUAAGUGAGGAAUCCAGCCAUGUUGAGGCUCAGUUACGGAAUGAGGUUGAGGCUCUCGACAGAAGACAGGCAGAGCUACAGGUUGCAAAUGCACAGAUUGAAGCACUCAGACUAGAAAACCGUCACUUGCGUCAGACGAUAUUACAACAAGCCAAAAAUGAUUCCGAUUUUGACAAAGUUCAGGAUCAUCUUACAGCAGUACAAAAUGCGUACACCACAACCAUCAUGAAAUUGGAGCAAGAAAAUCGUCAGUUGAGGGAUGACUUAGCCUGUCUGAGGGAGGAAAUGAACGAGAUGGAGGAGAAGUUUGAGGAGCAGUUACGCCUGGCUCUAAGGGACUCGGAAAUGUCCGCACAGAGUAUCAGAUCUAAAGAUGAUAGGAGACUGCAGAGAUUAGAGGAAGACUCCCAAAGGAAGUUACGUGCUGUCCAGGAGAGACUCGACUCCACCGUACAGCGAUACGAGGAGGAGAUUAGCUACUUACGCAGUCAGAAAGCUCGCCUGGAGGAACAGCUAGACAUGGAGAGGAAUAGUAACUACAGUCAGCCUGUGAGCGGUAUUGACCAUUACGAUGUCGAGAUCGGAGGGACUCGGGCUAACGGUGAUGGAGAGGUCCACCAUGAGGCAGACAACAGUUUUGAGACCGUCCUUAGCAGUCAAGCUAUGUCCAUCUCGGAGAGUGUUAAUGACUACGCACUCAAUGAUGACUUUGGCAAUGUAGAGGACUCAAAUUCUAGGAAUUCUGUGUCAGAGAGAUUUUUAGCAGCAGAAAAUCAAAGAGCAAGAGAGCUAGAGAGACUUAUCGACUCGCACAUAGAACAGCUAAAAAUAGGUACAGAGGCCACACUCCGCAAGUACAAUGUCAAAAGGUGAUGGGGAAUUCCUCAUUAGUGUACCAAGUUCCUGUGUUCAGUGGUUAAUGGAUGAACAGGGUCAUUCCACCCAGCCGCAGGGGGAAUUUCUGUGAUAU